AUGUCUCAGCUGGGUGGUGGAUACGCGCUUUAUAACGCUUUGGCGCACUUAAAUAUUGAAACUGAAGUGACAGAGGUCUACUUCCCUGGAAAGACACAUGUAGUCCAACAGCUAAUUUUCAUUCCACGGCGCGGAUCUACCGUUAAGGGCGAUGGCCUGGUGAAUAAUUAUGUUUCUAUGUGCAGCGAGUUACACUUACUGGAUACCAAGGAGUUCACUAAGGUCAAGGUGGUCAUUCUGCUGCCGCUUCGGUUGAGACAGGGACUGCAUGGCAAUUGGGUUGAAGCCAAGGAUCUGCAGGUUGGGGCUUAG